AUGUGCCGAGCGGGGGCGGGCAGUGCGGAUGGCUUGAAAAAAAAACAUUCGAUCACAAAAGAAACACCAUUCUACUUAGUGUAUGGGAAAGAUCCGUUAAUACCGGCAGAUACUAAUGAGCCGCCGUAUGUUUAUGAUGAAAAUAACCAAGAUGAUUUAAAUGAGUAUCGUGCUAAGCAAUUAGAGAAAUUAUGGGAUAGACGUUCAGCUGCACAAGUGAGAUUUAAAUUAGACCUAGUUCACGGUGAUCGUUUACAGUCAUUCACAUAG